GAACACGAGGAGCCCGGAUUCGUUUCGCGUGCGAGCUUUCCCUCAGUGCGAGCCGUGCUCUGCACGAGUGUUCGUCGAACUGUCCUCAGGGUGGUGGAACUUCCGGGUGACGACACUGGCGAUACUUGGAUAAAAGAAAAUGACCGAGGGACGACCGUCUUACAAAUUAAUCUACUUCAACGCCCGCGGUCGUGCCGAGCAUAUUCGCUACAUAUUUGCAUACGCAGGAAUCGAUUAUGUCGACCAGAGGAUCCCGAAGGAACGGUGGCCGGAAUUGAAGAAAUCAAUGCCUUAUGGAAUGCUGCCUGUGCUGGAGAUAGACGGGAAACCGAUAUCGCAGAGCAACGCUGUGGCAAGAUAUUUGGCCAGGAAACACAAUCUAACCGGAAGAGAUGAAUGGGAAGCGAUGCAAUGCGACGUUCUCGUCGAUACUCUUGGGGAUCUCAAGCAAUUUAUAUCUCAAUAUCGUACAGAGGAGGAUCUGUUCAAGAAAGAAGAGAAGAAGGCGAAACUUCUGAAGGAAACGAUACCAUUUUACUUGAACAAGUUCGAGAAAACUGUGGGCGAGAAUGGAGGAUACGCCGUUGGUUCUACCACAACCUGGGCAGAUUUUGUGUUCGCGGUGGCUCUAGAAAAUUUCGAAAAUAUUUUUGGGACAACAGCUUUAGAAAAUUAUCCUGGUCUUCGAGCAUUGAAGAAAAGGGUUCACGAGAUACCUGCGAUCGUUGAUUGGUUAGCCAAACGGCCUAACACGGAAUUUUAAUGCGUUUGAGAUUGCACGGGAAAAAUGUGAACGACUACAUAUCUUAAUGCUAUGUGUGUGCUUGGUUGAAUAUUAUAAUUCAAUGUGUUCGUUAACAUUACGAGUUGUCAAUGUUGUAAUUUUAUUGAUAAAUGAUACGAAUGUUUGUCUAUAAGUAAUCUACGAAAUUUGGCGUAAAUUCAAAUGUUAUUCAAUUAUGUGAGACACUUAAAUAUCAUUAAACUGUAUAUUUCUGAUAUAACCUGAACACUUGAGCUUAAAAGAACAGUCAAUAUAUAUAUACAUAUAAAAUGUCUGCAGAUAAAAGUGUAAAACACGUAGGACUUUCUAUGUUAUUAGUUAAACUUUGUUAUUUAUAUUAUAAAAUAGACAUUUACAAGCUCUAUGUUUCAUAAUUUGCACUUAUUUUGCAAUGUUACUUCGUUUUUGCUAUACUUUCAUUCGAAAUGCGACGCAAUAUUUUUGAAGGAAACUUUAGUAGAGGAAUAAAAAGAAAAUUAAUGUUUGCUAGUAUGUGUGGUAAUUGUUUUCACUUACUUGUGAAUAAUCGGCACAAAAAUGAUGAUUUUGAGGGUAAAACAAACUAUUCAACACUUAAAACAACGGAAACUUACUUAACAAUGCGACUGUAACAAUUCGCGGCAAAAUUGGAGCGGCCAUGACACUAAUCUUCGAUAGAGGAUCUUCGAUACUUAAAUCGAUUUAGUGUCAACUCGAUAAUUUUCAAACGUGGACAAAGUUGUAAUUAGAUGUUACUAAUUAGGCGUUAAGUAACUAUGUAAUAUGUGUUGAAUGAUUGUAAUUUAAAGAAAUGUUGACUGAUGGAACGUAAUAAUAAUCUACAGAGAAACAA